AUGAGCGAUCCAGCCGGCAGCGCGUCCGCUCGCAAAGUUCCCGUCCCCCCUUCUCUCCUCCCCGGCACCAUCAACGCCGCCACGAGUCUCGUUCUACCCCUCCCCGGCAUAGCCACCAGCCCUACACCCGCCAGUACAACUUCCCCAGGCCACCGAACACGCUGGUACACCGGCUACCUCCAGCACUGGCCCAGCUUCAGCACGGACGCGCACUCCUUCUACGCCGAUCCAGACUUCCGGGUUGCGAUCAAAGCUACUAACACCGUCGCUAUUGUUAGACUGAUGGACGUUGCGCCUGGCAUCGCAGUUGCAGCGCAGUCGCCAGACGAAAUCGCCGACGUGUACGAUAAGAAGUGCGUCAAGGUGGUGGAGAAGAUCGCGAAGCUGUUGAUCGCCGCUUUUGCCGCCGCCCAGGGCGCAGGCCAGCAGGCCGCAGUGCAAGAGCUGGGACUGCUCGACAUGCACACGGCGAGUUGGGAGAAGGUGGAGAAUAUGAAGUGGGAUGUUAGUUGGCGACCAAGAUGGGUGUUGCGAACCAAGAACACGGAGCCCGGAGUGCUCGGAGGCGGAUACGAUACUCGCGUCGUGGGGCAUUUUCUCAAAGUACCGGGCGGUGCGGAGGAGGAUUUCCUGUCAGCGGCUAUUGCGGACAGGAAUAGUUGGAAGUGGAAGUCUCUGCGCUGCGUCCUGGGCCGUAUAGUCCACUACCUCAUCCAAUCCAACACAGCUUUCGGCUUCAUAACAACAUACCACGAAACCGUCUUCCUCCGCCUCCAAAUCAUCACACACCCAGACUCCACCCGCCGCGGCGUCGUCCGCCUGCCCAAACUCUACUACUCAGACCCAAUACGCAGCUCCACCACGCACUCUCUUGCAUCUCCGGUCCAUAUCGCUGCGGCGCGCGACGUUUUCGCCGAGCUAGCCGGCCAGAACGACAUGCCCUUCGAACCCAAACAGAGCGCCGAGGAGGCCGCUGCGGAAAAGGUGGCGAGUGAUGUGAACGAGAGACUAGCCGAGAUGCAGAUGGAUGACGAAGCCGCGCAGCAGGCGGUAAAAGAGGAGGAGAAAGCAGGUGGGGAAGAUGAGAUGGACAUCGACCCAAAAGAAGAGAUCCCCAUCGACCCCAUCAUCUGGGAUCUGCUCAACUCGCCCACGCCACCCGACUCCACCGCCGGUGCCGAAGGCGAAACCGACCCAGACCACACCUCCUUCCCCGGCCUCGCGUCCUCGUCCCCUCCCCAGUCAUCUACCCAUCCCAACAAAGGAGAGGAAAACGACCACAACUCCCCACCACCAGCCUAUACACGCUUCCUCCGCUCCCCACCUCCAGUCCCCAACGAGGAGGAAGGGAUCGACAACUUCACCCUGCCCCUGCGCUUCCUGCGCUCCCCCUCGCCCACUACACUCUUGCGCGCCCGGCUCUUGAAAACAGCGCCGAAGCAUCCGGCUACGAUCCGCGGCGCAGAACUGGCUGCGUACAGGCCGCUGUUGGUUAAUCCGCUGUCGCAACAGCUGUCUGUGCGCGCGGCGAUGUUGUAUGGGUUUUGGCUGGGCAUGCAGCCAGAAGGGUGGAAGCUGCUGGAUGCGGGGAAGGGGGAGAGGAUUGGAAAGGCGAAUAAGUAUACGAAGCUACAGCGGAGUGGUGAGGAUCUUGAUGUGGGGAAGGGGUUGUUUAAGCGGAAGGAUAGUGCGCACUGA